AUGAUUGCUUUGUUAAUCAUCAUAGUCCACGCAGUAGCUAUAGACUUCAAUUUAACUGAUUAUACAGCUGGUUUCCCAAACAUUUCCUCGAAUGAAACAUGUUUUAUCUUUUAUUUUCCAUGCACCAAUUAUUCUCAUUGCACAUCAUAUGAAGGAAUCCUUCCAAAUGGAAAGUACAGGCUAGAAGUCUGGGGAGCAGAAGGUGGUAUGGUGUACUCAUCUUUGGCAGCAAAUCCUGGAAGAGGAGGAUAUGCAAAGGGAAUAAUUAAUAUACCAUAUCCUACAAAAAUAUUCAUCCAUUUAGGAGGUUCUCCUCCAAGAAGAAAUGAUACUGAAAAGAAGAUAGUUUAUGGUGGUUAUAAUGGAGGAGGGAUGAAUAUCAACCCAAAUGGAACUGUGCAAAAUGGUGGUGAAGGUGCGACUGAUAUUCGCAUUGGAAAUGAUGAUCUUUAUUCCAGAGUGAUAGUAGCUGGUGGUGGUGGGUCUGGUGGCACAAUAUCACUAGAUUCACAGAAUCCAGGAGGAUCAGGUGGAGGAUUUAAUGGUGAAUCAGUUGAUUUUUAUGCAAUGAAUGGUGGAACUCAAAAUUCUGCAGGUUCAUGCAGCUUCAGAGCUCAUUCCGGUGAUUUUGGAUAUGGUGGUAAUAACAGCUACCGCGGAGGUGGUGCAGGUGGUGGUUGGUUUGGAGGUGCGGCUUCAGAACCAAAUACAUAUGAAAUGGGAGGUUCAGGAGGUGGUUCAGGUUUCGUUUACAAUUAUACUUUGCCUCCAAGUUUCCAAUAUAAUUUGGAUAAAAAAUUCAUGCUAUCCAAAACAAAUUUGAUUCCAGGUAACGAGAACCUACCAGAAUGGGAUGGUUCCUUUAGUAUUGGCCAUUUAGGACAUGGCGUAGCCAAAAUAACUUUGCUGCUACCUCCUAAAAAAACAGAAUUCAUUAAUCCAUACCAUGAUAUAUUUUUUCGCCAUAUUCGCCGAAGAUAA